CAACCCCGAACCCCUUCUCUUCCCCGCCGACCUUCUUCUCUCCUCUUCCCUCCUCGUUCCGGCAUCCAUUUUUUCUAGAGGUUUCUGGCGUCUUCUCGCGAGUGCAUGGCAGUGAGCUUGCUAUCUCAUGACGUGUCCGACCUUUGCAUCGGGAAGCCGGCGCUGAAAUCGCUGCCGCUCUCCGCCACCGCCGGCGACGCCCUCCUCGCCCUCAAGAAGGGAGGAGACACCUGCCUCGCCUUAUCCGCCGCCGACAGGUACUCACCGGAGAGGAACGUGAUCCCCGGGAAGCUCUGCGUGGCGGACAUCCUCUGCUUCCUCUGUGUCGACGAGAACCUCGAUUCUCCUGUCGACGCUCUCAAGAAGCCCGUCUCCGACUUUCUUCCGAAGGACACCGGCCUCGUCCGCCGGGUCGAGCCGCAUUCGAGUGUAUUGGAAGCGCUGGAUGUGAUCCUCGAGGGGGCUCCGUGCCUGGCGGUCCCCAUCCGCUCCGGCGGCCGGAGGAAGCUCCCCAUCCGCUCCGUCGGCGGGGGAGGGGCGGAGUUCUGCUGGCUGACGCAGGAGGACUUCGUCCGCUAUUUCUUCAGCUCCAUCGCCCACUUCGCCCCCAUCGCCGCCCAUUCCGUAUCCUCCCUCGGCCUCGUCCGCUCCGACGUCCUCGCCAUCCAGUACCAUGACGCUGCCCUCAACGCCCUCCCCCUCAUCCGCCGCGCCCUCGCCGACCAGACCUCCGUCGCCGUCAUCACCGACGACGGCAAGCUGGUCGGCGAGAUCUCCCCCUCCACCCUCGCCGCCUGCGACGAGACGGUGGCGGCCGCCCUUGUCACUCUCUCCGUCGGUGACCUCAUGGCGUACAUCGACUACUGUGACUCGCCGCCGGAGGGAAUCGUCCGAGCCAUCAAGGCCAGGCUGAUGGAGAAAGGCUUCAAGGGGAUGUUGAAGCUGAUAGAGGAGGAGCCCUCCUCUCCCUUCUCCUCCUCCUCCUCCUCCUCCUCGGAGGACGAGGAGUCAGCUGGGAGGAAGCUGAGGAGGCUGAGGUCGGUCGGGAUGAGGAGGAGCUCGGAGGAGGCGAUCGUGUGCCACUCGGAGAGCUCGCUGGUGGCGGUGAUGGUGCAAGCGCUGGCGCACCGAGUAAACUACGUGUGGGUGGUUGACGAAGAGGAUUAUAGCCUCCUGGGGAUCGUCACCUUUGCGGACGUUCUGAAGGUUUUCCGGGAGCAGCUGGAACAGCCCUUGGGGAUUUAGAUUUUUUUUUAAAAAAAAAAAUGUUUUGAUGGGUGUAGGGCUUGUGUUAUUGUAUGAUAUUUUGUCUCCUCUCGGUUUGGAGAUCUUGAUUUUAUUUAGUCUUUAUUAAGCAUAUAGAGCUGGACUUUUUUGCUCCUGGGAUUUUCUAAUCUUCGUUGCCUCGAUCUAUUGGCUGGGUGGGUUCAUCCCCAUUUUAUUAUAAUAAUUUGUUGCUG